AUGCUACGCUCUCUAUUAAAACCAUCUUUUCGUCUUUCCUCUGCCACUGGCUUAUUAGCAAAACGUUAUUAUGCAAACGCCAGACCUUUCGUUUGUUCUUCACCUACUUCUCUUUAUAACUUAACUGAAGAAGAAAUGAUGUUGAAAGAUAUGGUAUCUAGAUUUGCACGCGAACAAGUUUUACCAAAAGUUCAAGAUAUGGACGAAGUAGAAAAAAUGGAUAAAGGACUUAUUGAUGCUAUGUUUGAAAAUGGGCUUAUGGGAUUAGAAACACCUGAAGAACUUGGUGGUGCUGGAUGUUCUUUUACAAGUGCUCUUAUUGCAAUUGAAGAAUUAGCCAAGGUGGAUCCUUCUGUUGCUGCUUUAUGUGAUGUUCAUAACACGGUGACUAACACGGUCAUUCGCAAGUUUGGUGAUGAUGCUCUGAAACAAAAGUACCUUCCAAAACUAGCAACAAAUACGAUCGGUAGUUUCUGCAUUACUGAAGCUACUUCUGGUAGUGAUGCAUUUGCAUUAGAAACAAAAGCUGAAGACAAGGGUGAUCACUAUUUAUUGAAUGGAAGUAAAAUGUUUAUUACCAAUUCUGGAGAAGCUGAAAUCUUUGUCGUUUUUGCCACUGUGGAUCGCUCUAAAGGUUACAAGGGUAUCACAGCAUUUGUGGUAGAAAAAGAAUGGGGUGUUGAAAUUGCCAAGAAGGAAAAGAAGCUUGGAAUCCGUUCAUCAUCAACCUGUGUGAUCAAUUUGGAUAAUGUCAAGGUACCAAAAGAAAAUGUACUUGGGAAAGUAGGACAAGGUUACAAAUAUGCCAUUGAAAGUUUGAACGAAGGACGUUGUGGAAUUGCAGCACAGGAAACUCAAGGAGCAUUUGAUAUUGCUGUUACUUAUGCUCAAGAACGCAAACAAUUCGGUAAACCUAUCGCUAGUUUCCAAGCCAUGCAACAUCAAUUUGCUCAAGUAGCUGUAGAAAUCGAAGCCGCCAGAUUAUUGACUUACAAUGCCGCAAGACUUCAAGAAGAAGGACAACCUUUUGUAAUGCAAGCAGCAAUGUGCAAGUUAAAAGCAAGUCGUGUGGCUGAAAUGGCAGCUAGUUAUGCUGUUGAAUGGAUGGGUGGUAAUGGUUUUGUGCGUGAAACUGGUGUUGAAAAGUUUUACAGGGACGCAAAAAUUGGGGCAAUCUAUGAAGGAACUAGCAACAUCCAACUUGAAACCAUUGGCAAAAUUCUUUCUCAACAAUACAAAUAG